AAUGGACUGGGUUUGUGUUGUAUUAUUUUUUUAAUGCUGUGCUGUCUCCAUGCUUCCUGUUCCAGAUAACUGGAGUGGUCCCAGAUUCUCCAAUGUCCUCUACCUGGGUGACCUCCUUCACGUCGAUUCUUCUGUUGCUGUCGACAACAAUGUGCCGCUGCGGCUCUACGUCGACAGCUGCAUCGUGACAACAAGGACUCUGUGCCCAGAUAUGCAAUCGUGGACAAGCUUGGCUGCCUGAUGGAUGGCAAGUCUCCAGACUCCUCCUCUUCAUUCACUAGACCUGCUCUGAACAAGCUGCGCUUUGACAUCACUGCUUUCAAGUUCCAGGAGCAUGAUCUACAUGACUUGCACACUGAGGGCAGUCAAUGCUGACAAACCAGCUGAUGCCUCCAACAAGGCCUGCUCCUAUCGGAAGCAAACCUACAGGUGGGUCUCUGAGGACAGCUCCUCUGCAAUGUGUGGGUGCUGUGACGCUGGCUCCUUCUCUGGGACACCCUGGUUCCUCACAGGCCCUCUUCCUCCCCGGCAAAGUAAGAGCUACAGGAUUCCUGCCGAGAUCAACCAGCCCAACUGGAGCGGAAAAUGGCUUCAGAAGAGAGCGGCUCCUCUUGAUCCAGCUGGCCAGGACCCUCGAGUGCAUGUAAAGGAGAUCACCAUCGGCCCCCUGACCGUGGUUCAUGUGGUCCGAGAUCAUGCUGUCCUGCUCAUUAAGGAGUCCCUGUACCACCCCCUGCAGCUUGUGGAAGAAAUGCAGGAGAUCGGCCUGCUUCCAGUAGCUGUGACAGUCUUGGGUCAGUUUCUGCUGUGGUGUGGGUUACAGUCUUUAAAAGCCUGAUACCUGCAAAAACUUCAAUCUUGUUAGCUGGGCUCCCAUCUCUGCAUUCUCAUUCCCAUGGUCAGUGGGCAAACACAUUUGAACUGAAUCUGGGUCCAUCAAAGAACCGCACACCCUUACAACCGAGGCCUUCCUUGCAAGAGGAUCUAAUGACUUAUAGCACAAAAGGGACAUGCCAGAAC